GACUUUAGGGAAUUGUAAAUCAAUAAAUAUUACUUAAAGUUAUAGGAUUUGGCUGAGUUUAAACAACUAUCAUAUCCUUUGAAUUAUUUUAUUUUGGUUAUACUUAAGUAAUAAAUAAAUAAUAAUAAUUUAUAUAGGCAGAAGUUGCAAUCAAUGGAACUGUCUAUCAAAUUUCUGAAGUUGCAUUUGGCUUUUGAGAAUCAAAAAAAUUAGAUUCAAUAACCAAAUAAAUAAUCUAACUUGAUUAUGACAGAUAUAUAAAAUCUUUAUUAUUAUAGGAAUGAUCUCUUUAAUUGUAGAAGAAUUUGUCAUUGA